GUGUCAAAAGCUCCCACCACGAGAAGAUUGUUGCGAAGUGUUUGGUGUUUCUCUGUAGAAUAAUUUAGUUUUGUGGUGAAGGAUAUACAAGAAAAAGAAGGAAAAGGGAAAGCAUUGAGAAAAGUUCAUAGAGAGGAGAAAUAGGUGUUAAAGCCGAAGGGAAAAUUCUAUUGUAAAUAUCCUACAGUGUUAUUCGUUAGCAAUUACUCUCGAUCGAAAAAAAUCAAAUUUUUGGAUAAAAGUGACUUCAAGGAGAAGGACAUACCAGGGAAGCGAUAUAGAGGACUAUAGAGUUGAAAGUAUAUAACCUAGGGGAUGAGGGCAUGAGAAAUAGCAUAAAAAUGUGAUUUUUGAGAAAAAAAAACAAAAACGAAAACUGUGUUACAAGAAAGUAAAAGUAAAUGUGUGUCUCUGUGGAAGGACAAAGGCAUGAGGAAGAACGAGUGGUAAAGUGUUGAAACAAAAGACUUAGAGGAGAAAAAGUUAAUUAAUCGAUUGUUAAAUUCUAACACGAACAAAUUUCAAAGUUGACGAGAAAGGUGAAAGCUAAAACCUGUGAUUAAUUACGAGGCAAAUUGUACGACAAAUUGAAUUGAGGAGUAUGAGUUCUAUUCCUCCUGUUUGAAUGACAACAGUUUUAAAAGUUUAAUUGUGAAUCAAUUAUCGUGUGAAUUUUCCAAGGAAAUUUGAGUGUGUUUUUUUCUGCAUUAGAGUUUGAACUUAGCAGAAAUUGUAUUGUUCCGAGGGUAGAAAAUUCUCCAAUAUCGCACACCAUGGGCAAGAAAAAUUCUAAACUAAAGCAGGACACAAUUGAUCGACUAACAACUGACACAUACUUCACAGAAAAGGAAAUUAGACAGUGGCAUAAAGGAUUUCUCAAAGACUGUCCCAAUGGAUUGCUGACAGAGCAGGGUUUCAUCAAGAUUUACAAGCAAUUUUUCCCACAAGGAGACCCCAGCAAAUUUGCAUCACUGGUCUUUCGAGUAUUUGACGAGAAUAAUGAUGGUUCAAUUGAGUUUGAGGAAUUUAUUCGAGCACUCUCUAUUACGUCCAGAGGGAAUCUCGACGAGAAGCUACACUGGGCUUUUCGCUUGUACGACGUUGAUAACGAUGGCUACAUCACACGGGAUGAAAUGUACAACAUUGUAGAUGCAAUUUACCAGAUGGUGGGACAACAACCUCAGACAGAGGAUGAGAAUACACCACAGAAACGUGUUGAUAAGAUUUUCGACCAAAUGGACAAGAAUCACGAUGAUCGACUUACUCUUGAGGAAUUCAGGGAGGGCAGCAAAGCCGAUCCGCGAAUUGUACAAGCACUCAGUUUAGGUGGUGAUUAACCGUCUUAAAGCUGAUCUUAAGGUGAGUCCAGGAGUAACAUUAUAAUUGUUUCCAAAAACCGGACAACUGUACAGUACCACAUAAAGAAACUCCUUAUACCAUUUGAUUAACCACUAUAGAACACUCUUCAAUUUAUUAUCCUUCUCGAUUGAAUUUCUCUGCUGAACAAUUAAGCAUCAUUUUUCUCUCUUCACUCUGAUUAACACAAAGUGCUAUGCUAUUGUCCAAUGGGAGAAAUCAAAAUGGGUAUGAGAGAUUUGUCCUCAAUUUCUUGUCCAUAAAUGAAUCAGUUGAGGGUAGAAUACAGAACCAGAAAAAUACUCAUCAAUUUGCUUGUCAGUAUGUUGAAUGUCCUUUUAAUUGCGCUGUUUUGUCGAAUUGUUUUUAAAUCGAAAGUAAAUGGACGAAUAAAAAAAACAACGCACAUACACUAUUUUUAAUGAAAUUUUGCUUUAGCAAAAAUUAUAAAUGAGUAUUAUGAAACAUUUAAAGACAUUUUAAUUUGUUUCACAAUCGAAUCUACUGACAAAUUAAUUUAGACGGGGUUUAUAAACUGAUUCUACUGUAUGAAUCAAUUCAAUAACAGGGAUUCAGUGAAACCUCUUUAUAUAGAUAAAGUAAAACUGAAGAGUAUAAGAGGGAUGAGAAAGUCAAUUCGUAUAUAUAUACAAUUUUUAAUAUUAAACUCUUAUUAUUCUGAAGUAAUAAAUUAAAAGAAAGAAGAUAAUAUCCAAGAAAAUUUUUCUAAGAGGACAAUAUGUUAAGUAACUUUCAAGGUAAUUUUCAUGCUUUAUAAAUUCUUUCCCCAGUAAUAACAGGGAAAGAGAGAGAGAGAAAUGGAAUUACAUUUCACUCACAAUAUCUACUACUCUCUGUAAAAGCUAAAGAAUAAUAAAUUGUCAUGUCGUUCCCAUCAUCAAAGUCAACUUUUUCAUUCUGUGGUAAAGAUCUUGGUUUAAAGAAGCCAAAGUGGGAUGGUGGCAGGAUAUGAGAGUGUAUACCUCAUUGUCCUUUCCAAAAAAGGGAAGAAAAUAUCAAGCAGAAAAUUGAAAAUCCCUCCAAUAAAUUUUAUGGAAAGUUAUAAAAUGUUUAUCCAGAGGGGGGUGGAAAGUGAGAAAAUUGCCUUGAAGAGUUAUUGAUAUGUUUGUCAACUUCAACUUUUCAAAGCAUAAAGUAAGAAAGAAAAAUCUAUACUAUAAUCCUUAAAAUAAAAAAAAAAUAAAUAAAUUCAAGAAAGAAAAAAAAUUCAUAAAGACUAUCUUGAUAAAUAUAAUGUAAAUGCUAAACAUUAAUCAACACCUUAUAUUCUAAUAGUAUGUGAGAGAGGAUUACAUUGUAAAGAAUUAAUUUACAUAAGCAAUUUGCCGCAUUUCACAUCAAAUGAGGCACGUUAAACUCUAAUAAAUGAAGAAGGAUAAUAACUAAGGGUAUAAUUAUGAUACAUUACCACUAUGAAUGAUUGCGAAGCAGAAAAACAAUAAAAAUUAUGUAAAAUACUGUGAAUGAG